AUGACUGCCCCCAAUAGAAACGUUGUCUUCGACGUGGUCGGAACCCUCGUCAGCUACGAGCAUCUCUACGAAGCUAUCAAAGAGCGCCUGGGCGAUAAGCUCAUCCCUCGGGGUAUUCAGCCCACACUCCUCGGAAUAUGCUGGCUAGAAAUGGCAGAGCGUGAGUACGCGUACUUGUCUCUCCACGGCCAUUACGUACAGUUCCUCAAGCUUUUUGAGGCUCUAUUUUACCGCUGUCUUCAUUAUGCUGGCGUUGAGAAUCCCCGCUCUUUUGCAGCCGCAGAGGAUGUUGCAUACUUGAUGAAUGAGUUCAAGGAGUUGAAACUUAGGGAUGGAGCUGCAGAAUGUAUUCAGAAGCUUCGUGGUGCUGGUUUCACUGUUUGGUGCUUCACGACUGGGGAUAUCUCCCGUGUGGGGGGGUAUUUCUCGAAAGCGGGUGUUGACAUGCCGGCUGAGAAUCUACUAUCUUGUGACACAAAUGGAGUCGCGAAGCCGUGUCCUGAGGCUUAUGGGCCUAUUUUGAACAGGCUUUCCACUUCUGAGUCAAAGCCUUGGUUCGCUGCUGCGCAUCUUUGGGACGUGUCUGGGGCAAAGUCUGCUGGGUUUAGGACUGCUUACAGUAUGGUGUUGGAGGGUGAAUAUCUCUAUGAGAUCUAUGGGGAGCUAGACGUGGUUGCCGAAACGCUACCUGCAAUGGCAGACAAGAUUAUCGCGGGUCUUCAAGAGGUCUACGAUGACGAAUUUGAGGUCGCCAUAUAUAAGUCAAAUAUUUGCAGACUGCGGUAA